AUGGGUCAACUUCUUCACUACGCCAUAACCGGGACAUUCAUCGGUACCGCACUGAUGAUUAUUGCCACUUAUGUGGUAAUCUUCGAUGUCAUGAACGAAAUCAGCGAGUUCCAGGAAGAAAUUGAAAAGGAUCUCGAUCAAUUCAAGGAGCUCGCCAAUGAUGCAUGGAAAACGAUGAUGUCCGCGCACCCAGUUCGAGGCGACUCAGACCGCAAUGAAUCCAACGGACGUGUGCGAAGAGGUUCGUACUCUACGGGACCUCGAGGCUAUGGAGGACAAGCAGGUGGAUCAUACGGUGGUGGACGCACUGGUGGAGCAUCAUAUGGAGGUGGACGCAUGGGAGGUGGAGCAGCAUACGGAGGUGGACGUGCGGGAGGAGGUGGCGGUUGUCAGUGUGCUGCUCAAGCAGCCAAAUGCCCUCGUGGACCACCGGGACCACCAGGUCUACCUGGACUCAAGGGAGAAGAUGGAAUGCCUGGACAGCCAGGAAAACCAGGAGGUAUGGGGCAAAUGGCAGACAGUGGUUCGGGUGGAGGAUGCAUCUCCUGCCCUGCUGGACCUCCAGGACCUCCCGGCCCUGAUGGACCACCAGGUCCACCUGGACCAAGCGGAAAUCCAGGAAUGGAUGGACAAGGCGGAGGCGGAGGAAUGCCUGGACCAAUGGGACCGAUGGGACCACCUGGAUCAAACGGAAACCCAGGAGCGCCCGGUCCAGAUGGACAACCAGGAAAUCCAGGAACACGAUCCAAAGGAAUCCCCGGACCAGCUGGACCAGCAGGACCACCCGGUCCACCAGGUAUGCCAGGACAAGAUGGGGGUCAAAGUGGUGGAAUGGGAGCGCCUGGACCAGCAGGACCACCAGGACCGCCUGGAAAUCCUGGAGCUCCUGGAGCUCCCGGAUCACAAGGACAACCAGGAGCUGCCGGUGGACCAGGAAGUGAUGGCGCAUAUUGCCCUUGUCCAGCAAGAGGAGCAGGCGGAGGUGGAAGGCCACUUGGUGGUGGUGGAGGACAGAGCGGAAGCGGAGGCAUGUCAUUUGGAGGAUCUCAAGGAGGCGGUGGAGGCAGCGGAGGCAGCUCGUUUGGAGGAUCUCAAGGAGGCGGUGGUGGAAGCUAUUCAGCUGGACGUAGCGCUACUAGAAAAUCUAAAUCUAGAUCUCACAAGAAACAACGCCGUCUUCACGCUGGUCGUGUUGCACAUUUUGCUUAA